UAAGAAAAAUAACUGCGUAUAUAGACAUUGAACCUUGACUUUGACGAAACAUUACUAUUGUAGUAUAUUUCCAUUGUUAGUUAAUUAUUUUGAAAAAUAGUCUGCAAAACUGUUAGCUGACUACAGAAGAUGGCUUCAAAAACAUUUGAAGGUGUUUUAGAUAGAUACAAUGGUAUAACUGUAGAUUCUCAAAAGGAACAAUGUGAAACUAGUGAUUUUCAAAGGAAACUAACAGAAUCAUUGCAGAAAUGGGAUACUGAAGGAAGAAGAUGCAUAUGGUUCAAGAUUAACAUAAAAGAUGCUGCUUGGAUUCCAAUAUUAGCAAAUGAAGGUUUUAAUUUUCAUCAUUCGGGUGAGAGUUUUGUAACUUUGUUCAAAUGGUUACCAAAAGACAGCACAUCAAAUUUGCCACCAAUAUGUCACACAAGUAUCGGUGUGGGUGGCUUAGUGUUUAAUGAUAACAAUCAAAUAUUAGUUGUUAUGGAACAACUUUAUGACUAUCCACAUUGGAAGCUGCCUGGUGGAUAUGUAGAAAAAGGGGAAGAUAUAAAAGACACUGCUGUUAGAGAGGUAAAAGAAGAAACUGGUAUUGAUGCAGUUUUCGAAUCCAUGGUAACUUUGAGACACACACAUAAAAUGAUGUUUGGUAAUUCUGAUAUAUACAUAGUUGUAUCACUUAAAGCUACAUCUGAUGUAAUCACAAAAUCUGAUGAUGAAAUCAAAGAUUGUAAGUGGAUGGAUAUAGAAGAAUUUUUAGAACAUCCACAUGUACAUGAAUUUAACAGGUUUAUUUUAAAACAAGCAUUAGAUUUAAAGGAAAGAAAACUGAAAUUAGCUCUUAAAAAGAGUAAAGUUACGAUAUCAAAAUUUUCAAGGGAAAUUACUUCUUUAAUAGUAGAUGACUUGUAAUUACUUAAAAAUAUAUAAUAUGCAACAUUUUUGCCAAACAAAUGAAUAAUAUUGUGGGAAAGAGGAAGUUAACAUUGGGCACAGGAAAGGGAUGAAGUUAAUAUGGUAAAAAAUAUGUUCACGGAAAUAUACAAAUUUGCUUAGAAAGGUGGCUUCAAUUUAUUGAUCUUA